AUGGAUUCAGGUGCAUUUGAGGGUGGGUUUGUUGCUGGUACUUCAGUGAUGGAGCAGCUCAUCAAUGGUGGUUCUGCCCCUGUUGUAGCUGGUGCUGGUGCUAGUGCUGCUGCCCCUGUUGCAGCUGGUGCUGGUGCUGCUCCAGAUGCAGCAAACACUGUUGAUGUUGCUGCUCCUGUGGUUGGGAAUGGGUCUGUGAGGGCAAUGAGAUGGACCAACACCACCUCUGGCUUUGUGCUAAGGAGGAUGGCUGCCCUUGUUAGUGAUGGUAGCAGGCCUGACAAGGUUUUCAAGGACAAAGAUGUGAAUUCUGUGGCCAAAGCCCUCAAGCUGUUCUGUGGGGAGGUUGUUAGCCCAACUCAAGUGUACAACCACUUGAGGAAGUGGAGGUUCUACACUGAGAUGGAGGCUAUCUUUGCUAAUGCCAUGGCCACAGGCAAGUUUGCACUUGGGUCUGGUGAAGCCUUAGGGCAGAACCAGGCUGACAGUGUUGGUGCCAAGGCUGAUGGUCCUCCUUUGACCCACACCACAAUUCCCAGUGAACAGGGAGGGGAUAGCAAGGCCACUAAACUGCUUCCUACCUCCUCAGCUGCUGGCCCAAAGAGGAAGAGAGGGAACUUCUCUGAGGAGGAGAUGCUCUUGUUGACUAACAUGUCAGAUGUUGUGAACAAUGUGGCCAAUGCUCUUAGGGAGACUGGACCUGCCCAUGUUGAUGCCAAUCUGUACCUUGCUGUGAUGGAGAUGCCUAGCUUCAGUGAGGAGGCACUUAUUGCUGCCUACACCUUCCUCCUGGACAACAAGGCCCAAGACACGGGCUUUGUAAACAUGAGUGAUGCCUACAGGGCCCUUUGGCUUAGGACCUUCUUGGCCAAAAACUACUAUGUGUAG